GAGGCGAUUCAUGAUGAUUUGGAUGUGCUAGCUCAAAAGUACGAACACUAGGUGAGUCCGAACUCGUGGGUACAUCUGGUACCUGGAUCAUCGUACGCUCUGUAAGUUCACACUAAGGAUUUACCUCCAAUGGCACGAGACUCGACAGGACAGUCUUGACUCUUGACAAGCUUGAAGCUUCAGCUUCCCAUUGCACAAGAGGCGCGUGCUCAAAAAUAUGUAUUAAGAAUAUGGUUUUGUCCGACGGUGCAACGCGGACCGGUCAUGUUCAGCUGAUCACCCAUCCUUCAUGAUCAUUCAAUCGUGAACCAAGGGGUACUCCCUCUGUUACCUUUUUGUUUCCACUAAAGAGGGUAAGUAUGUCCCUUAAGACUUCAGCUUCUAGCAUCAUCACAAAGAUCGAGGCUUUCCGCGUACCUCCGCGCUGGCUCUUCGUGCGUAUCGAGACAGCCGAUGGGCUCGUUGGCUGGGGAGAAUCCACUCUCGAAGGACACACCGAAGCAAUCGAGGGUGCUUUCGCUGACCUCGCACAGCGUUUCCUUGGUUGGGAUGCGGAUGGUAUCGAAGAUAUCUGGCAGACUGCAUACCGCGCUCGGUUUUAUCGUGGUGGACCUGUCUUAAUGUCAGCUUUGUCUGGCCUUGAUAUUGCACUCUGGGAUAUCAAGGGCAAGAAGCUUGGAGUUCCAGUAUGGCAGCUUCUAGGUGGUAAAGUCAGGGAUCGUGUUCGUGUAUAUGGGUGGAUUGGUGGUGACCAUCCGAGUGCUGUCCGUGAGGCAGCACGUGAGCGCAAAGAGCAAGGAUUUACUGCUGUAAAGAUGAAUGCCACUGAGGCUCUCGCAUGGCUCGACUCUCCUGAGCUCUUAAAAGGGACUGUGGAACGUGUGCGUGAGGUUCGCGCGCUAGGGAUGGAUGUGGGAGUGGAUUUUCAUGGACGGGUGCACAAGGGUAUGGCUCGCCAGCUCGCCAAACUUCUUGAGGGCGAGGGAGUCUUGUUCAUCGAGGAACCCCUUCUACCUACUCAACCUUCGGAGUUCGCGGAUCUUGGGCGUCUCGUCUCCACUCCCAUUGCAGCUGGGGAGCGGCUGUACUCGAGACAUGAAUUUCGCCCGUACUUCGAAGGACAUGCUUUAGAUGUCGCGCAACCAGACGUUUCCCAUUGUGGUGGAAUAUCGGAGUUGGCACGCAUCGCCUCUAUGGCAGAAACAUACGAUGUCGCACUUGCCCCGCACUGUCCAAUAGGACCGAUUGCCUUGGCAGCAUGCAUUGCCGUUGGCGUGUCGAAGCUCAAUUACUUUAUUCAAGAAAUGAGUUGGCAGAUCCAUUAUAACAGCGAUGAUGCAGACCUCUUCACGUAUCUCGCAGAUCCGAGUGUGUUUGCUGUGAAAGACGGGUAUAUCGCGACUCCCAGCGGUCCUGGAUUGGGUAUCAUUAUCAACGAGGAGCUCGUGCGCACCCGUGCUAAGGAGCAUAGUCAAGCCGGGGUUGAGGCGUGGCGUAACCCUGUGUGGAGGGGGGAGGACGGAAGCAUUCGGGAGUGGUAAAAUUCUACUCUGCUACCUAGCUGCGAUAACAACC